AUGCCGUCGGAAAGCAAAAGGCGGAACCUGCAGAAGAGCGGCACCCAGACCGACCGCGUGACACCCACCGCCCGGCAGGCCCCCGCGUAUCCUGCACGCGAGAAAGCAAGUGGCAGAACACAAUGGCUAAAGCCAGCAAAGAGUCCACGCUCGGCAGCAAGGGCCAUGGUGCACCCGCCGUUAAAAGUCCACGCCCCCCCCCCCAACCGCCGGAAAAGCAGGGGGCCACCAGCGUCAGCCCAACAUCCCUCAUGCACAGCACGCCCUCUGCCGCCAUGCAACGCCAACCAAACCAGCAACGAUGCAACAACCAACCACCCCAGUCCCCCAGCCCAGCCGGAGGCAUCCCCCCCCAGAGUGCAGGCAGAGCCAGCAGCCCCUGAGCUCCGUAGACCCGAGGCCUGUCCCGGCCCCGUAUGGGGGCCCAGCCCCCCCAGUCAACCAUCUGCAAAGGAAGAGGUCCAAAACCCACCCCGACAACACCGGCCAUGUGCCCCAGGGAUUCCCAAAUGCCCCCACUGUGAGAGCAAGAGCCCCUCGAGCCCCAGAGCCAGCGUCAAUCCCGCCCAGCCCCAGGACGGGUCCAAGUUGGCCCAGCCCCCCAACGCGCAGACCCGCCCCAGGCCCAUACCUGACGCUCCCAACAAGCACGCAAGCCAGCCGCGACACACAGGUGAGCCAACCAACAUCACCCCGCUACAAAUCUAA